GGUUUAAUAAAAUUACAGCGAGUGCCGUUGUCGCUGGGCUCAGCUCGUCGAUCAUCUCCGAGAAGAAGAUGGUGCGGAAAAAGUUUCAUCAGGCUAAAACGGAUCACCGGAUAUUGUGGGUUUUUGUCAAAGGAAUAGAGGCAUUGAAGUCAAUGGAUGCUAAUAAGUACCUGAAGAAAGUUGGCUUAGGGCGUGACGAUAUGUUCUUUUGGAAACAAGUGGGAAAAGCAUUGCUAUGCACCUACACAAUCUUUGGCAUGGCAUGGGUAUACAAUGAAACGUCUCCUCUAGGAUGGUGGACGUUGAAGCCGAGACCAAAGGAAGAGAGGGAAUUGGCUCAUUUGUAUGAGCGGCGUGAGUUUCCUUAUCCAGGUGAUACAGAGGCCAUGGAGGAUUUUGUUGCAAAGGGAGGGAUGAUCGGCACAGCAAUUGGGCCUAAAGGGAUUGUUGAAUCCGAAGGUGAAGCCGAUAACUACCAGAAAGAAUUGGAGAAGAAGAAGUUUGACAAAGAGGCUCAGAAACUGUGGCUGAGAAUGAGGAAUGAGGUCAUGACUGAACUUCAAGAGAAAGGGUAUGAUCUUGAGUAAGGUGCAAAAGAGAUGUGAUAAAAAGUUGUGUAAUUUUAGGAUGUGUAUUGGUUAGAUUGAAGGUUUAACCAUCGUACGAGCGUUUCUACCGAUGUAUCCUUUUAAAUUGUAGAGGAAAGUACAAAACUUUAUAUGACACAUUUAUGUUCUACGUUGCCAUU